AUGCCUUACGUCCACAUCCCCGGAAUCCGCCGUCCAAGGGUCACCGCAGCCCAACUGGAGCAACUUCGCCGCGAUCUGGCUAUGGCCCGACCGCGGCGCCCACAAAACCUCACACGUCGAAUUGACUACUACGCAAACACAUCACUCGACAUGUCCGGCCCACCACUCCCACAACUGCCUCGCCGUCGCAGACAACCACACGACAUGCAGGCAGAACAACAAGCCAUCCAGAACAUCCAGAUCAUGGAGGAGGCACACGCCGAGGAGGUCGAGGAGGAGCACGCCGCCGACUCUGCCGAUCGCAAGGCUGACCGUCUCGUCAACUGGCAGAGCGGUACCGAAGACUUCAAGCGCGUCUUCGAAACCGCGGUCGACAAUUGGGUGCGCACUCACUCACCAGCCGCCCAAGCAUUCCAGAAGCACCUCGUCAAUGCUGCCAUCUCCGCCGAGAAAGAUGUCAGAAUCUACGACGUCGCCUCCUGGUUUCCAAAUCUUCCUCACGAUGUCGCCCUUCCGCUACGCGACCUGUGCAAGCGCCUGCACGGUGCGGCCAAGCUGCACCACAGCCUGCUCGAGAAGAAGGACGAGGCUGGCGGUAUGCUCUUUGACGACCAGUUCCAUCCCGAGCUCGCCUUCGGUAUGUGUUGCACGAAGCUGACGAUUCAACCACUCGAGUCGGGCGGCGAAGUCAUCACUGUUGGCCAGUACCCUAACUUUGGCACAGAUGAAACACACAUGGAGUUCGUCGGUCGCUUCGACAACUUCGACAAUCCUCACCCCCAGGCCAAGCCAUUGACUCUGCGUCUGGCCCUGUACCGCAUUCAAGCACAGCUUGAGACCAGAAAGGUGCUGCUACAGCAGGGCGCGAGGAACCAGUUCGAUACGACAUCCAUGAGCACACUGAGGAUCGCAUACCUCAACCCGGUCGUCACAAAGGCAGAUCUUCAACCCGCCUUCGCCGCGCAUGGCAACGUCGUCAACAUCUACAUUGAGCCUCCAGCCGGCACGGGAAUACUGGAGUCAUCGACCGCUUUCGUCAGAUUCGAGCACCCUGAAGAAGCCGCAAAAGCGCACCUUGCGCGUCGCAACACUCUCUUCCAGGGCAACAUGAUCAAGAUCUCUCGGGUCACUCCUGACUUGGACCGCAUCACCACCUGGGACGAGAGUGUCGACAAGGCUAUGUGCGAGUGGUCCCUCGCUGCUUUGGACUACCUCGUCGGAAAGCUCAACGCCUUCAACCAGAAGAAGGUGGCCGAUGUUGAGGAGGGACGCCUCAUCGCUCAGGUCCACAACGAGGUCAAAGGCUUCUGCAAGAUCCACAACUUCCCGCAGAUCGCCAUGGCCGAGGGUAUCGAGGGGGAGUACGAUGAGACUGUCGUGAUGGACAGUGAUCCAGCAAGUACUCCGGCACUUCGUGCCAGUCUGGACGCAUUGGACGAUCAGCUGGAGGUGUUCGAGGAGGAGUUUGGAGACGGAAUCGUGGGCCCAGACUGGCGCAUGUCUUACCGCGGUCGUCGCCAGUAG